CGACGCCGUUUGGCUCUGUGCCCAAUCAUCGUCGCUACUGCAGCAGCUCAUCUUCUGUCAGAGGCAGAGCUCGCUGCGAAUCGGCAUAAAACAACUCCAUGAUUUAUUUUAAUCCUUUCAAAAGCCAACUGUUUCUUCGUCUCCUUCGAAAGCCAACUUGUGAUUUGUUUAUUUUAAUCCUUUAUUUCAGCCUAGCUAAUAGUUAUAGAAGUGAGUAACUGACACCCAUUGGUGGUUGGUCUAUUAGUUUAUGCUUCGCAUUUGCAAUGCUCAGCCUAUAAAUACGCCUGCUCCGUGAUCUGCUUCUUCUUCAUUCAGAUCAGAUAUAUAUAUAUAUCUUGUUAGCUUCUAAUCGAGAUCGAGUAGUUCAGCUGAUUAUUCACCGGCAAGAACAAGCUGAUCGACGAGUGCAAUCAUUUGAUGAAGAGGUUUGCAGUGCAGGAGAGCGAGAUGGCGCGCGUGCUGAUGCUCAUGUCACACUCGCACGGCCAGGACCAGUCGCUGCCGCUGCCGGUGAUCGCCGCCGGGCGCGGCGACGGGGCGGCGCCGGAGCGGGUGUUCGUGUGCAAGACGUGCAACCGCGUGUUCCCGUCGUUCCAGGCGCUGGGCGGCCACCGCGCCAGCCACAAGAAGCCGCGGCUGGACGGGGACGGCGACCCCGCGCUCGCCAAGCCCAAGCUGCACGGCUGCUCCAUCUGCGGCCUCGAGUUCGCCAUCGGCCAGGCCCUCGGCGGCCACAUGAGGCGCCACCGCGCCAUGACGGGCGGCAUGCCCAUGCCACCGCCGGCGACGACGAGGAUCGUCGUCGACAAGAAGCCGGACGGCGACGUCGUCGGCAUCAUCCACCACGACCACGGCCACGGCGGCGUCAAGCCCGGCGGGCUGUGGCUCGACCUCAACCACCCGCCCUGCGACGACGACGGCUGCGACGCCGAGGUGGAGUGCGGCCACAUUAAUGCCGCCGCCGCCGCCGGUGGGAUCACGUUCCAUCAGUUCCUCGACACUGGCACCAUGGCCGUCGACUGCCUUGGCUACUAGAUACCACCAAGCUCCAUGAUUCUUCUCCCUGCCACGUACUACUGGUGCACCGGCCGGCCUCCGUUUUUUUUCUCUGGAAUCUUCUUCUCCAUUUGCUUCUGCGUGGAGGGGAGAAAUCCACAUUUUGUAGCAAUAGUAGAAUGAAGGUGCCUAAUGCAUCAUGAUUCAUGAAUGCAUGGAUGAUGAUGUGCAUGAAGGUUUUGGGGUGUCUUUGAGCUGCUUGGUGGAUAAUUUGGAGGGCUAAUUUGCCACCAAAGCUAGCUGAUUUACCAUGGGUUUCAUGUUAUUAUAGAUAAAAACCCUUUGGUCAAAUGGCUUUGAUCGAUAUAAUUAUUUAAUCUGAGUAAGAUAUAUUUAGAGAGCUUGUGGCUUUCUUCAGUU